UUGUGUUCUCUCGCUUUCUGCAGCAGGACCGACGCGUCCCUCUUCGGUGCGCGUCUCUGCGUGCGCUGUCAAUCAAACCCGUGUCCGGGCUUUCAUCUGCACCCCCCCAGUCAGAGGAAGACGAGCGGAAGAGAGGAGAGGAGGGGUGGAGAGUUACUUUUUACCGGCCCUCACACACACGCGCGCCACACUAUUCAGCAAGUCGCGCUCGGCUCCGGCACUCCACGGGCGCGCGGCGGUCGCGAGCGUUCCGCUUCCCGCACCUCGUUCUCGGCAGGUUCCCGUCGGUCGCUUUCCGCCAGAGGAAACGCCGGCGCGCGCUCGCCGGGGAGCGGAAGCAAAGAGACUUGUUAGAGACUAUAGUUACUAUGUGUGCGAAGCAGUCGGUGUCUGAGUCUUGAGGUGAGCACACGCUGCUGCUGCGCCUUCGCAGACGAGACACGGAGGAGGGACUUAGGAAAAGAUUAUCAUUUUUUUUUAACGCUUAAUUUCUUUUAAACGCGCCGCGGCGUGAAUAAUUUGUUGUGAAAUUUUUAUUUCUCUGAAGUUUGCAAGUCGGUGUUGGAAAAGAAGACGCGAACCCUGUGCUGCUGCUGUGUGUGUGUGUGUGUGUGUGUGUGUGUGCAGCUGUGAGAGAGACAGACACCCUCACUACUAACGCACCAACGGGGGGCACUUACCCGCUUUUGAAAUAAGUACAACUGCGGCAAUUCGGAAAAAGAAAAAGAAGUAAAUCCGAGUAGUCUCAUUUUAAAGUGAGCGUCAGCACGCGCCCCUGCGUUCGCGCGCAGCUGGAGCGCACUGCCGCGAGGGGAACAUCACCAUGCCGCAGCUGGCGGGCGGAGGCGGCGGAGCCGGAGGCGCCGGAGACCCCGAGCUCUGCGCCCCCGACGAGAUGAUCCCCUUCAAGGACGAAGGAGACCCCCAGAAGGAGCAGAUCUUCGCGGAGAUCAACAGCCCCGAGGAGGAAGGAGACCUGGCCGACAUCAAGUCCUCUCUGGUCAACGAGUCGGAGAUCAACCCGAACAACCACGGCAACCACGAAGCAGCUCGGCCCCAGGACUCGUACCAUGAUAAACACAGGGACCUUUCUGAGGAUGGAAAGCAUCAUGACCUGUACAAAGGGCACUCGUAUCCAAGCUACCCGGGCUAUGUCAUGAUGACCAACGUGAACAGCGACACAUAUAUGAACAACGGCUCACUGUCUCCACCCAUGCACAGACCUUCAAACAAGGUUCCAGUGGUUCAGCCGUCACACGCAGUCCACCCCCUCACCCCUCUGAUCACAUACAGCGACGAGCAUUUUGCGCCUGGACCCCACUCUGGACACCAUCCCCAGGAUGUCAGCUCCAAACCAGGCAUGCCGAGGCAUCACCCUGGACCUGACAUUCCUAAUUUCUACCCCCUUUCUCCUGGAGGAGUGGGUCAGAUGACACCGCCAAUGGGAUGGCAGGUCUCAGGUGGAUUUAGGGACCCCUACUCCACUUCCCUUCCAGGCGACAGCCCCAUUCCCAGGUUCUCUCCUCACAUGGUGCCGGGACCCCCAGGGCCGCACGCUACGGGAAUCCCCCAUCCUGCUAUUGUCAACCCACAGAUUAAGCAUGAGCCCCAGCAUGACAGUGACCUGAUGCACAUGAAGACCCAUCAAGAGCAGAGGAAGGAGCAAGAGCCCAAGAGACCUCACAUCAAGAAGCCCCUGAAUGCCUUCAUGCUCUACAUGAAGGAGAUGCGGGCCAAUGUAGUAGCUGAGUGCACGUUGAAGGAGAGCGCCGCCAUCAACCAAAUCCUGGGCAGGAGGUGGCAUGCUUUAUCUCGGGAAGAGCAGGCUAAGUAUUACGAAUUAGCCCGCAAGGAGCGACAGCUACACAUGCAGCUUUACCCAGGAUGGUCUGCCAGAGACAAUUAUGGAAAGAGGAAGAAACGGAAGCGGGAGAAGCUCCAGGAAUCUGCAUCAGGAGACAAACGAGGAACCACUCUGUCUGCAUACAAGGCAAAGGCAUCAGCUACAGGGCCUCUUUUGAAGGUAGAAGCCUGUUAGACCCCAGAGCCCCCACCCAGCACGUGGUCCGCAGAGACGUCCAGCGCUUGACAACAUCCUUCGCCUUGCAGUCACCGCUUCGGAGGCAGCCGAGCCACAGAGACAGUUAGAGCUGCAGCACUCGUCACCAGUGCGUUUCACACAUCAACAGGAACACAGGAUCGCAAAAUCGAGCCAUCGCAGUCGCCGUUUGCUGUAGCAGCGUUCCGUCGGUCUUGUCCAACUUGCUGUUUCACCCUGAUCUCUUCUCUUGUCGAACCCACGGAUCUCCACAGCCACACGCCACAUCCAGGAAGAAGUCCAACGCUCGUUUUACCUCUCUUGGACCGCAGAACACUGAGGAAGUUGGGUGUCACAGAAGAAAGAUCCUCACACAAAACUGCUAUACAGGGACAAGAAGGUGCAAC